AUGUGCUGGGCUUUCUGGUUAUUGUGUUUUUUCAUAGGCUGUCAGAUGGGUUUUGCCCAAUUUCUGGACCAAAACUGUGGAUAUAUGUCGCCAGAAGCACUUCGAAACGAAGGCCGCCAAGCACUGAUAUCAGAGAGCCCAUGGAUGGCUUAUUUGCAUGACUCUGGAAAAUUUGUAUGUGGCGGAACGCUCAUAACCCAUCAAUUUAUCCUGACAGCCGCGCAUUGCAUUAACAACGAAGAGUAUCUAACAGUGCGGCUGGGUGAAUUUGAUAGGCGAACUAGUAGCGAUUGCAGUGGCUCUGAAUGUGUACAGCCCUCAGAAGAGUUCGCGGUAAACUUGGCCAUUCGUUACAAGGAUUAUUCGAGGACCCAUCGUUACCAUGAUAUUGGGUUGCUUCGAUUGGCAAACUCGGUUGAUUACAAAGAGCACAUCAAGCCAAUUUGCCUGAUUACAAACACUGCGCUUCAGCCGCGAAUCGAGGGACUCCAAAGGUUUGUGGCCACCGGUUGGGGCAGCAGUUCCCCGGGAUCUCCAAGCUACAUCCUCAAGUCGAUUCGCGUGAAUCGGUUGGAUCGAAGUGAGUGCCAGAAAAGGUACUUGGUGCCCUGUCGCCAGGAUCAGAUCUGCGUGAGUCACGACUCCGGAGAGGCCUGCAGCGGCGACUCCGGCGGACCGAUGGGUCAUGCUUUUCGGAUCGACGGUCGAGUGGUUUUCGUUCAGGUCGGAAUCGUGAGUUACGGCAACCCAGAGUGCCACAGCCCCAGUGUCUUUACGGAUGUGAUGGGGCAUGUGAAUUGGAUCAAGAGGGUCGUUGAUCAAUACAGUAUAUAGUAUAAUAAUAUAAAGCCGAUAUCAACUAAUGAUCAGUUUUUGUGUAAUCACUAGGGAAAUCUGCCAUCUGGCGGCCUUUAGCAAAACCUUGUGCGUUCACUCUUUACGCCCUGCUUAUUUUUACAGUUUAUAUUUCACCCUGCUUGCUUAUACAUUAUACCUUACACCCUGCUUAUUUUUACAUUUCAUUUUACACCACUCCUCGCUGGCGACAUCUACCGGUUAGCUGCAGUACCUGCGUGGCCGUUACACCAAUUUUACAUUGUUCUACAUUUAUUGUAGAUCUCCACCAACUACAAUAUAAGCAAGGUUGCCAACCACUUUUUAGGCCAGGGUGGCAACCUUAAAACAGUAAACUAUUUUCUUAAAAUUUUAAAAAUUAUAAACAAUUUUGUAAACCAACUCAAUUUAAGGCACAAACUCUGAAAUCAAUUAUCAAUACUUAGUUGUCUUAAUUUAAAUUGCACCACAAAAUUAAACUCUAAAUACUUUCUGAUAUAACUUCUAAAAACCAAUACCAAUUGUGUGUUAAAAAAAUAGCAAAUUAACUACUAAGGUGAAAACAUUCGCAAUAUCCCUUUCCAACUUUUUUUGUACACCUCGAUGGCACACACAAAUCGAAUCGAUUUAAGUCUCGCGUGUGCCGGCCAUGCAAAUCCACAGGUCGUCUGCCCACUGUGCUGGUUUCAGCGAUGUUCCAGUUAUGAAGCGGUCGCAUAAUGGCCGUCGUAGCAAAUAAACUGGCAUGAGGUACCAUUAACCCCCGUGUGCCAUUGUUGCACGUCCACAGGUCGAACUCUAACAUUGCCGCUCUGCGUUGGCGUUGGCGCAAGCGCACUCACAUGGAUCGAGGGAAUCGUAGAGAUCACGGGGACAGAGGGGUGAUCAGGGGGGAGCGGGGAGUGCGAGGGAAUCAAGGGAAUGAAGGGAAUCAAGGCAGCGGGGGAGUUAAAGAACACCCGAUGUGGGCAACCAGGCGUUAAGUUUUUCCAACUUCGUAUUUUGGUCUGUGCUUUGUUUUGCUUUCUGUUUUGCUCCGCUCCGCUUUUGCGGGGGUGGGGGCGGGUCAAG